AGCAGCAGCAGCAGCAGGGCAGGCAGAGUGGCAGACCAGCCUACUUUAAUAGCUUGGUCAUGUGACUGGGGACAGUAGUAAGACAGGUGCCUUCAGCUGAGCCUCAGUAAGGGGCUAGUUGCCUGCAUGAGUGUGAGCUCUUGUGUGUGCCUGUGGAUUGUACUUCCAAAGCUUUACUGCCGUCAUUCAGGGACUGAAUGGCGUGGGACAUGUGCAACCAGGACUCUGUAUGGAGUGACAUAGAGUGUGCUGCUUUGGUUGGCGAAGACCAGCCCCUUUGCCCCGAUCUUCCGGAGCUGGAUCUUUCUGAACUUGAUGUCAAUGAUUUGGAUGCAGACAGCUUUUUGGGUGGAUUAAAGUGGUACAGUGACCAAUCAGAAAACAUUUCCAAUCAAUACAGCAACGAAUCAUCAAACAUAUUUGAGAAGAUAGAAGAGGAGAAUGAAGAAAACCUGCUAGCAGUUCUUACUGAGACACUGGACAGUCUCCCUGUGGAUGAGGAUGGAUUGCCUUCAUUUGAUGCACUGACAGAUGGAGAUGUGACCAGUGAACAUGAUCCCAGCCUUUCAUCUAUGCCUGACGGCACCCCUCCAACACAGGAGGCAGAAGAGCCGUCACUACUUAAAAAGCUCUUACUGGCUCCAGCUAACACUCAGCUGAUUUACAAUGAAUGCAUUGGACUCAGUGUGCACAACCAUGCAAGCCCCAAUCAGAGGAUCAGGACAAGCCCUGCUCCCGUCAAGAGCGAGAACUAUUGGAGUAAUAAACCCAGAAACAUUUGUCAACCGCAGAAGCCACAAAGGCGUCCCUGCUCCGAGCUCCUUAAGUACCUGACUGCAAAUGAUGACUCUCCUCAGACCAAAUCAACAGAGAGCAGGACGAACAACAGACUUGACAAAUGCACCAAAAAGAAGCCCUGCUUGCACCCUCAGCCACAUUUUCAAG